GCAAUUUUCAUUGACUUCCAAUUGUGGUUUCCUUGUGCAUAAUCUGAAUUUUCAGUUUUUCUGACUUGGGAUGAUCCGAUUCAUCCUUAUCCAGAACCGCGCAGGGAAAACUCGUCUUGCCAAAUGGUAUAUGCAUUUCGAUGACGAUGAGAAGCAGAAGUUGAUUGAAGAAGUUCAUGCCUGUGUAACAGUUCGAGAUGCCAAGCACACGAAUUUUGUUGAGUUCCGAAACUUCAAAAUUGUUUACCGCCGUUACGCGGGGCUCUACUUCUGUAUCUGUGUCGAUAUCAUGGACAAUAACCUGUAUUAUCUGGAAGCUAUACACAAUUUUGUAGAGGUGCUGAAUGAAUAUUUUCACAAUGUGUGCGAACUAGAUUUGGUUUUCAACUUUUAUAAGGUGUACUCCGUUGUCGACGAAAUGUUCCUUGCUGGUGAAAUUCGUGAAACAAGUCAAACAAAGGUGCUCAAACAAUUGCUGAUGCUGACAUCGCUAGAGUAAUGACUGAAUUUCCUUUGAUAGUCUAGAAUUCUAUUCAUAUCGGCUUAACCCUAAUCGCUUCUGCAUAAUUUUUGUUCAUUCAUAUUGUUUGAUACUGCCAUCUCCCACUUUUUAUUCAUCAUCACGACUUGCUAGAUAUUUGAUAAUCUUAUUUAUUUUGAGGCAUUCAUUAUAUCUGUUUAUAGUUUUCGUUGUUUUCUAUUACCAUUUUCCGCUUUCUUCAGCCGUAUGUGUUUUGCAUAUGUGAGUCUCACAUUCCCGGUACAUCAGUUGGAUGAACCGUUUUCGUUAG